CACAGCAGCUGUCAGUGGGCCUCUGCCGCUGCUGCGGCUGCAAGAUGUAAACAAACAACAAACGAUCGUUCGUUUGCUUUCCCUUUUAGUUUUAGUUUCGCGCACGCAAGAAAAAGAGCCCUCGCCUGUUCGGAAGGGAAAGGCCUGGCACCACCACCAGCACCAGCACUACCACCAACGGCAGACCGAAUGGGUGCAUUCCAGUGGCCAUGGGAGUAUUCGUUUCCACCAUUUUUCACAGUGCAAGUGCACGCCAAAACGAAGGAACAGCAGCUGGCCACCUGGAAGGAGCUGGUGCUAAACUAUCAAAAGCAUGAGGGCCAAGCGCUGCUAAACAUUGCCGAAGACGCGCCCCCGUUCGUGAACCGGGAGCUUGCCCGCAAACUGUCGCCCGAGGCCCGGCUCUGGGUGAUGGAGGAGCUGGCCAGGACGGGCCAUGCCGCGACCGCCGACAAGCGCAAACAGCAGUGGGAAGUGUACUGGCACACGCUGGACGAGUGGAGCAACAUCCUGUACGAUUGGGCCGUUGCCAGCGGCACCACGAACACGGUCUGCACGCUGUACGAGCUGGUGGCGGGCGAUAAUACGGUCGGCGAAGAGUUUCACGGGCUGGACGAGGGCGUGCUGAAGAAGGCGCUGAAGCUGCUGGAGGGACGGGGCAAGUGUGAGCUGAUAGCGUUCGACGAUAAUGAGGGGGUGAAGUUUUUCUAACACCUGUAACACGAUACGAGUCGGGAAAUACACGCUGGAAGGACGAGGAACUGGUAGGAUGUUAACGGUUAAACCAAAAAAAGAAACGACCAAACACAUCAAAUUCCAAAUUUUAUUAAUCUUCAUUCCCGUUUUUGUUUGUUCGGUAGAUGUUGUUGCACACUUUCAAACCGUUCUGGCUGCUGCGACCACCACCGUUCCCGCUUCCGCCCCCUGUUUGCCACUUCCUUUCUUCACGGUAUCCUGAUAAGUUGAGCUCGUUAUCGGUUCUGCCUUUCGAUGACCGAAUGUGGGGUGGGGUGUGGGGGUGAGGGGAACGGAGUGGCGCUUUUCUUCUCUUCCUGUGGCCUCACGGUGGAGGUGGUUCUCGAGCCCUUUCCCGAUGUUAACCAAACAUUUGUCUACUUCAUUUUCCACUUUCGCUCAUGCCAAAGUUACUCUGCCUGUUUCUGACCAUUCUUCGCAUUUUUCCUUAGAUAAAGGGUUGCGUUUUUUUGUUUUGUUUGUUUGUUGGUACGAUACGAGUUUUAGCUAUGUGGUUUUUGGUUUGUUUCUUUAUUUUUAAAUGAUUUGCAUUUUGCAACACCGAUUCUAGUAAACUGAUUUGUUUGUUUUGUUUUGUUUUCUUCUUCAGGAGAAAUGCUUGUGUGUGUAUAUGGUGUUAUAUUAAGUUUUGUCAUUUACUUCUUUUUUUUUUACUAACUCCAUUUUUAACUUCUGUGUUGUUCCAUUUGCGUUUGCGGUCUGUUUGUUACUUUCUUCUACAAUUUUUAUACUGUUUACUUGUUUUUUUGUUUUUGUUUUCCCGGUAAACAGUUCUACAAAGAAUGAAGGAGAUCUUGUUCGUGUUUCUCUGUGUUGCGUUUGCGCCCGCACUGCAUCUUGUUCAAGGUUUGAAUGUGUCGUGUUCUAACUUUAGAAAAAAAACAACGUACACGCAAGUAGAAAUAGAUUGUUAUCGUGUGACACUACUACGCACGACUAAUUUACUGUUUUAACUGUUUGUUUGUUUGUUUUUUUUUUGUUCAUAUUAUCUUUUCUGUUUUUUCAAGUACUAUUUCUAUAGUUUUUGCUUGUUUUGUUGUGCUUUUCUGCCUCUUCCAUUUAUUCGGUUACUCCAUUCGCAGCCACUCCAAUGACAACAAUGAUUGCAUACGACAAAAGACUGAUUUGUUUUAUGUUUCUUUUUUUCCACUUUCUUUUGUAUAGUUACAAAAUCACACAGAAAUAAUGGAGGCUUUUGGUUGGGUGUUUUUUUUCUUCUUCUCCAUUUUUGUUUCUUAAACAUUUUAUGAUAGAAUCAGCGGAAACAGAAAAAAAAAUCAUUUCUUACAUAACCGACCGUAUGCAAACCGGUAGUUUUUUGGGUUAUUUCGAGUUUUACUUCCAUUUCCGUUUUUGCCAUUUCCGAACCGUACUAAAAAGACGCAACGGAAAAUAGAAUAUAGUUUCUCAGUGGUGGUGGUGGUGGUGGUGUUGGUGAAGGUUGUGGUGAUAGUAAUAGCAUAGCCCUUCCCUAUCGAUGGGAGCCGCCUACCCAUGGCACACGCGGGCCAUCCGUUAUCUUCGUAAUAGUUGUAGUAGAAAAAAUAAAAUCUGCACAGCAUUUCCCAAUAAAUAUAUCAAAUCAAUCAGUGUACAAUCUCAAUCGAUACAAUUACUUCAUUAUACAUUAUUCAUAACAACAACAAAGUGCAUGGCUAGGCUAGGCGUAUUAUUCGUAAUAUUAGUUAAAUAAUUAUAUCUCUGUUCAUAUAUGCUACGCAUUGAUUCUGCUUCGCUUCCCCUUUGUUUCCACCAGCUUCCGGGAACCGGGAACAAGGUGUUAAACUCAUCUUAUGAGUAGUGAGGGGAAGGGAGAGAGAGUGGGGAGAGUUUUUCGCGCGGAAGUUUUUUCUGCUGGAACUAUUCCUUUUUUUAAAUAUAAUAAUUUCCUAUCCACUUUUCAAGUUAGACUCGAUGAUAAUAACAAUUAUACAACUACGCAUGAAGUCUGGUGUGUGAGUUUAUUUUUGUUUUGUAUCGUUACUGAAGGUCUUCGCUUUGCAUUUUAGCUCAGGUUUGGUUUCCAUGUUUUUUGAUUACCGGUUUCUUUAAUGUAAUUUAAAGAACUGAAUACGCUGCAAAUCGUUUGGUGAUGGUGUAACACAACUAAGACAAAAGAGCAUAACGAAACGGUACAAAGCGGACAAAUAAAGGAGAGAAAAAAAAGGGUAAAACAAAUGUCCAUCCAUUUCAGAUGGGGUUUCUCGCUUCAAUUUUCGUGUUUUGCGAUAUGGGCGCUGUUUGGCAAAUAUGGGGGCCGAUACUGCUUUCUGCUACUGUAGCUCCACGCGACUACACCCUACAAACACUGGUCAGCUACUGGUCUUACCUAGGUGCAACUAGAACGGUACUCUUGCUGCUCUAACAUUGAGAUGUAAGUAGAAAGAACGCGCUACUAGACACCGCGUUGGUUUGCUGUUUGUUUGCCGCCCCUCUAACAUGUGAUUGUACAGCCAACAAUGUACUUUUGUAGCUCGUUCGUAUCGAGAGGGAAAUAAGUUGCUGCUCUUUUCCUCUUCUACCAGAAGCGUCUGUGUUCCAAACUGGCGAAUUGUUUUGUUUUGUUGUUUAGAAAAGCAUUUUUUCUUGAAAUGAGUCGCAGAAACCGAGUUACAAAAUCGGCAGUGAUUUGGCCACAACAUUCACUACUAUACGUGCGGGGUGAGGGGAUAGGCAGGUGGCAGAAACUAAA